GGUCACACAAAGCACAUUUACUAGCUAGCUAGCGAGCUAAUCCAUUUAGUUAUGUAGGAUGCUACCUAGCUAGCUCCUUGCAUGUAUGACAAGUAUUGCCAAACAACAGUUUUAUAAGGAUCAGAUCGCUGUGAGAAAGAAAAAGAAAUUCACGCGUGUAGCGUUAAUGUGGCUCUGCGUGUAAGUUAUGGGCACGUCAGUGUGGUUGAAGUUAUAGUUAGCAAUGGCAGCAUUUCAUACACAGUCUUAGACAACUGGGUAAACAUAAGCAAUUAGCUACAGCUUGGCAUCAGACGUGUGUUCCGGUGAUUGUGUCAGCUGGCUAAAUUAAGUAACGUCACUACUCGUAUGUCUGUGGUAAUGUCAGAAAUUUCCAGGUGGCUCCGUGGAGGGGGUGGGGCCACACGGGACCCCACCAAUGAAGACGUGAGGGCCACAGACAGCAUGCUACUGUAGAGUGGAAAGUGAAAGGAAAGAAUGCAGUCCUCAGGCCAUCGGCUACGGGAUGUGGAGCAGCAUCACCCCUUGCUGGCUGGCGAGGAGGAGGAGCUGAAGGGGGUGUGUUCAGCGCCAGGGGACCGCGUCUGGUUCAUCCAGGACAGCUGUGGCAUUGUGUGCGCAGUGAUGACCUGGUUCCUGGUGCUUUAUGCCGGGUUCGUGGUCAACUUUGUCAUGCUGCUCCCCUCUAAGAACUUCUGGUUCUCAAUGGUCAACGGAGUGACCUUCAACUUCCUGGCCGUGAUGGCGUUGUCGUCGCACGUACGCACCAUGCUGACUGAUCCGGGAGCAGUUCCGAAGGGCAACGCCACUAAAGAGUACAUGGACAGCUUGCAACUGAAGCCUGGUGAGGUCAUCUACAAGUGCCCAAAGUGCUGCAGCAUCAAGCCUGAGAGAGCCCAUCACUGCAGCAUUUGUAAGAGAUGUAUCCGCAAGAUGGAUCACCACUGUCCCUGGGUGAAUAAUUGUGUGGGCGAGAAAAAUCAGCGCUUCUUUGUGCUCUUCACUAUGUAUGUAGCCUUGAUAUCAACCCAUGCACUAUGUUUGACUGGCUACCAGUUCUUCACCUGUGUCAAAGUCCAGUGGAAUGAGUGCAGUGAUUUCUCCCCUCCCGUGGCCGUCAUGCUCAUGAUCUUCCUCUGUAUGGAGGCGCUCCUCUUCCUCACCUUCACCGCCGUCAUGUUCGGCACGCAGAUCCACUCCAUCUGCAACGACGAGACGGAGAUCGAGCGGUUGAAAAAUGAGAAGCCUACGUGGGAGCGGCGUGUGCGCUGGGAGGGCAUGAAGGCCGUGUUCGGUGGCGCUCCCUCGCUCAUCUGGUUCAACCCCUUCGCUGGCCUGCAGCUGCGGCGCCUCCUCAUGGUCAGAGCACGCAAGGGUGGCGCAGAGUUCUCCGUCUGAGGAGCGGGACGACAAGACAACUCCUCCCCCCUCCACCUCACCACACCCUCAGCCAGUCCUGCCCAGGCCUGUACUCAUAGACCAUGGCCCAAUCUUGAGGAAUCCCCCUAAAGGUUUUGAACUGGUGGGGCAGGGGGUAGCUUUAUUUGUUUUUGUUUAGAGAAAAUAUCAGGACUACAGAACGAAAGUGGCCAUCUGACUUAUGGAAUUCAUCUUGCAGUCUAUUCGCCACACUGUUGCGUUGACCUGGCUUCAGACCAGUCUACAGUAAUGGGAAUGUGAAUUUCUCCUCUUUUUUUUUUUAAAUGUCUUUUAAUAUCUGCUGAGGUUGUGUGUUUUUUUUUUUUUUUUUUU